ACAAGUAGAUGUAGUGGGUGGAAGUGAAACUGUGGCCUUUAUUUCAACAGUCAUUCUGUCACUUAGCAGUCUAUAGACAUGGACAAGUUUAAGACGGUUCUGAACAUUGCCAGCAAACAAACCAACCUUGGAUUUGGAGCGGUGGCCCUGAUGACAGCUGGGGGAGAGCAGAUUUUCUCUUCUGUAGCCUUCAGGUGUCCGUGCAAUGAGCUGAAUUUCUACUAUGGCAUGGUCUUCCUGCUGGUUCCUGCCUUGGCUCUGUUGCUGUUGGGUUACAUUCUGAGCAAAAAGACGUGGAAGAUGUUAACGGGUCUGUUGUACCACCGGGAAAAGCUGGGCAAAUGGAAACACCUGUCUGUCAUCAUCAAGACCUUCAUCCAGGUCAGUGUCACUGCGAUGGUCGCUCCGUCCAGCUGGAUCGCCGUGGCUCUGCUCAGUGGGAACUAUUUCGAGUGUGCGAUGACUGGGAUCAACGUGACGGCUUACAACCAGCAUGUGUGCAAGGAAAAGGAAGCUACAGAGGACUGUGUAAAGAAACUGCACAAGUUCCCCUGUGAGAGAAGCAACGAUGAGGUUCUGAAAACACUCAGAGCUCAGUCUCAGAUUCUGGGUUGGCUGGUCAUCACCGCCAUCAUGUUGUCCAGCCUCUUGUUUAUCUGCGUCGCUCGCUGCACUUCGCCCAUCAGCUACCAGCAGCUGAAGUUCUGGAGAGUGUACGCUCAGGAGGAGAGUGAUUUGAUGGAUUCAUAUACCAACAAACACGCCAAACUUCUUGCCGAYCGGAACCUGAACAGCUUUUUCAACGAGACGAAACCUGAAAACAUUACMACUCCUUCCAACAAGGCCUGGGAGAAGAUCUCUGCUCUCUAUACAUUCAGCACCAAAGACCACUACUACAGCACCUUACAUCGACACGUAGAAGCCAACUCACAGACUGAGACUGAGAUGAGGUUGAUGUCUGUCAGGUCUAAUGAGUCCACUGACAAUCCUGUUGUACUUCACUUUGUGGACGGUGGGAUGAUGCCAAUAUGAGGAGGAUAAUCUGUUCCAAAUUCAUGUUCAGGUAAAAACGUGUUUUUUAUUGAUGAUUUGAUACCCCUUUUUGGUUUUUAGCUUUCUAAAUACCAACAACUCUUUCAAAAUAAAGGAGCCUUCCUCAGAUCAGAGCUGUUUGGGUGGGCUCAUGGUAACCGUUGGGGGGUGGGAUCAUUAUGGGAUGUUCAGAAAAGGUGACUUACUCUCUCUUUAUUUAAUUUUAAUGAGCCAUUAUUACAUUAUUAGCCCUCGAGGUGAGGUGAAACUCUAGGGGCCGGUUUCGCACUCUGGGCUUAAAUAAAACCAGGACUACACUAAUCUGGUCUAACUUAAUCCACACUAAUCCAACUGCUUUCUGAGACGUUAUUUAACUUCAGAUUUACUAGU